AUGUCAACGCCCCAUCUCGAGUCCAACGGCAUCCAGCAGGCGAUUACCUUGCUUCGCACCCUUUAUGAUGAGCUUCAACGGUAUCGAGAAGAAUGGCGAAGGUAUCGGGAUAUACAAGUGCAGCUUUUAGUUGAGUUGAGAGCUAGGGCCCGAAAUGCGGAUAGUCAAGAGCACAAUGGGCUCAUGCAACGCUUUUCCGGCACAAAUGUGUCUCUGAUUCCAUUAGCCGAUCUAAGGACCGGAGAAGUCAUUGAACGAUUUCCCGCCACCGCGGAGGAAAUUUCUGCGCUUGAUGGCAAUGAAUCACGAAGAAUUCUCGAAGCUCUUGGACUUCCUACUGAAGGGGUGCCGCUGAUUGUUAUGCGAUCAAUGAUUCUUCAACUAGCAGCAGGACGUGCGUAG